GCCAAAGCUUCGCAUCUGGCUCCAAAGUACUUCACCCCCAAAAAUCUGUGCUCGCCGCAAACGCUGCUCAGUUUUUAACCGACUUUCGUGCAAUUUCCACGCUACGGCCAUCCGGCUCUUUACUCCGAUUUGCCGAGUUACCACGCCGCGUAUACAUACACAAACAAACAAAAGCAACAAACCAACGGCGAAUCACCAGGUGUGGAAUUAUGUGUUAGAGCAAAACAAAUACGAAAAUACCAGAGACACAGCCCUUGUGUACAUUUUUUGGCCGGAUUGAAACAAAUUGGAAACCAAAAAUUCAAAAUCAAUAUAAGACCCCUUCUCCAACGCAAGUGUGUGGGUAACAGAGAGAUACACAGAUACGCCCGCAUCUCAACGCGCAGCAUCCGUAAGCGAAAAGUGCACCAGAAAAGCCGGAGGAGUGCAUCCGUAGCCCCACUGGAAACUGGAACGAGCAUUCGUAUAGCCGUGAGACCGAUUUUCAAGCCCAAUCCCUCCGAGGUUACUGUUUUACUGUUUUACUGUUUCACCGUUGCGGGGCUGUGCACAGAGACACACACACACACACACACACACACACACACACACACACACACACAUUAAGUACACCAACUAGAGACUAAAAGAGCAAUCGAGGGGCAACAUAAUGGUGGAGUUCCGCUUCGAUAUCAAGCCGCUGUUUCCGCAGCCAAUUAUCAAGGUGACAUCGAACCUCCUGCCGCACACAUUUCGCGGUGAUCGGCGUCAGUGUUUAGAUGCCACCUCCAAGAUGUCGGAGAUCAUCGACCGGCUGGGCCAGCUCUCGGCCACCUCGCAGGGUCUCAGCAAGCCGGUGACCACGGCUCAACGUCUGCGGAUGUCCGAUAACCAGACCAUCUAUCUGCUGGCGGAUAGUGAAGCGGGUCACAAUGGUGCCGUGACGGGUCUGCUUAAAGUGGGCACCAAGGAUCUCUAUUUGUUUGACGAGUCCGGGCAGACGCGCAAGGUGGAGCAGGCUCCAUCCAUUCUAGACUUCUAUAUCCACGAGUCCCGCCAACGCGCCGGCUUGGGAAAGCGUCUUUUCCAGACAAUGCUAAGCGAAGAGCAGUGGACGCCACUCAAGUGUUCCGUGGACAGGCCGUCGGAAAAGCUUCUGGGUUUCCUCAGCAAGCAUUACGGAUUGCAGCGCAUCAUUCCGCAGGCGAACAAUUUUGUACUCUACGAGGGAUUCUUUAACGAUGCCGGCUCCGCAAAUGGACAUGGUAAUGCCCACGGCCACGCCCAGUCGCCGCAGCGCACCCAGAAUGGCCUGCACAUCACAAACAGUCCUAACACACAGCUCUUUGGUGCUACUUACCUGGGCGAGGAUUCUAACCGGCGGCGUGGUUCCCAGCAGCAGACAACACCAAACUCGCUGAUUCAGCAGAUAACACAGAUCUCUCCGUCCGGACGAUAUGGAGCCCCUCGUCCCACAUGCAGCAUGGCCGAGAUAAUUCAUGCUGGCAGCUCGAAGGGCGGCAAGGGCAACGGCAGUGCAGAAUCGAACAGCGGAAAUGGUAACCAUGAUCUUGCAGAGAUUGCCGAGCAACUGCAGCGGCAGAGUUUGGACGAUUCGGAGGCCAACAGCUUUGAGCCGGAGCCUGAAAUUGAGCCGGAGAUUGUGCCCGUGCCCGAACCCGAACCGGAGGUCAUUACGCCCCCAUCACCGCCGCCAAAGAGCCACACCCCGACACCUCCAUCCGUGCGAUCCCCUGAGGUGGCCGAGAGCAUCGUGGGGGACAACCGAAGAGCUCCGGCUUUCCAGCUGAGCAAGCAGCACACGGGCAUGAAGAAUCGCUCGUUCGGCGUCGGAAUGGCUGUAAUGCCCAGCAGCAAAAUGGAGUUCGACCAGAUGGAGCGCGAAGAUUUCGGUGUGGUAAAGAUCAACCGUCCACCCGGUCAUGACGUUACCUCGCCCGGCCAGGACAACACGGAUGCCAUGUCCACCGCUUCGUCCGGCGGCGGUGGUGGCGGGCUCACUGAUCAGGGCUACUACGAUCUCAAAUUCUAUCACAAUAAGUUGUGGUAAAGACCACAAAGCGACAAGCACGCAAUAUUUGCUAGCAUCUUUUGUACGUGUGGCAUAAGCAUAAUUAACAAAAUUAAUCUAGACACUAAGAAUGUAUUACCUUAUCAAAACAACACACCAAAACGGUUCCUGUAAUUCAGUUCGAUGGUUUUGUUGUGAGCUUCUUCUCAGACUUUUGUUAAUUCGUUCAUUUGUUACAAGCCACGCACUCCGAAGAGCAACUGUAAACGUAGAGCCUUACAAAAUAAUAUUAACAAUAGCAAAUUAAAAUGUACGUAGAGUAAUUACCGUCGGUACUGAGCUAGUUAAUUUUCAAUGCUUUAAAUUUGGGUUAAGCAAAUCCUUUUUUUUUUACAAUUUUGCUUUGUACCGUGGAAUCUCAAAACACCUUAUUGUAAUCCAACCCGUGUGUAUCUUCCAAUUACAGAAAACGCGAAUAUUUCGAACAAAUCUACGGCGAGUACAUGCUAUAGGGACAGAGCCAGUUGGCCAGAACCCAACUCCAUAACCUAUACUCAACAUUUCUCAAACAUUGUCUAACAUUUAGUUUCUAUAACACACUCCCCAAAAACAAAUAGAUUAAAGAUUAAAGAUAUACAAAUAAA